AUGGAGGUGUCGCCCCUGCAGCCCGUGGAUGAAAAUAUGCAGAUCAGCAAGACUAAGAAAAAUGACGAUGCCAAGAAAAGAUUGUCCAUUGAAAGAAUCUAUCAAAAGAAAACGCAGCUGGAGCAUAUCUUGCUCCGCCCAGACACCUACAUUGGCUCAGUGGAACUGGUGACCCAGCAAAUGUGGGUUUACGAUGAAGAUGUUGGCAUCAACUACAGGGAAGUCACUUUUGUUCCUGGCCUGUACAAAAUCUUUGAUGAGAUCCUAGUCAAUGCUGCAGACAACAAACAAAGGGACCCAAAAAUGUCUUGCAUUAGAGUCACAAUUGACCCAGAAAACAAUUUAGUUAGUAUAUGGAAUAAUGGAAAAGGUAUUCCUGUUGUUGAACACAAAGUUGAGAAGAUGUAUGUCCCAGCUCUCAUCUUUGGACAGCUCCUAACCUCUAGCAACUAUGAUGAUGAUGAAAAGAAAGUAACAGGUGGCCGAAAUGGCUAUGGAGCCAAAUUGUGUAACAUAUUUAGUACCAAAUUUACCGUGGAAACAGCCAGUAGAGAAUACAAGAAAAUGUUUAAACAGACAUGGAUGAAUAACAUGGGGAAAGCUGGUGAGAUGGAACUCAAGCCCUUUAGUGGAGAAGAUUAUACAUGUAUUACCUUUCAGCCUGAUUUGUCUAAGUUUAAAAUGCAAAGCCUGGACAAAGAUAUUGUUGCACUGAUGGUGAGAAGAGCAUAUGAUAUUGCUGGAUCUACUAAAGAUGUCAAAGUCUUUCUUAAUGGAAACAGGCUACCAAUAAAAGGAUUCCGUAGCUAUGUGGAUAUGUAUUUGAAAGAUAAGGUAGAUGAAACUGGCAAUCCACUGAAAAUUGUUCAUGAACAAGUAAAUCACCGUUGGGAAGUGUGCUUAACAAUGAGUGAAAAAGGCUUUCAACAAAUUAGCUUCGUCAAUAGCAUUGCUACUUCCAAGGGUGGCAGACAUGUAGACUAUAUAACUGAUCAAAUUGUGACUAAACUUGUUGAAGUUGUCAAGAAGAAAAACAAAGGUGGUGUGGCAGUAAAAGCACACCAGGUAAAAAAUCACAUGUGGAUUUUUGUGAAUUCCUUAAUUGAAAAUCCAACCUUUGACUCUCAGACAAAAGAAAACAUGACUUUACAAGCCAAGAGUUUUGGAUCAACGUGCCAUUUAAGUGAAAAAUUCAUCAAAUCUGCAAUUGGAUGUGGUAUUGUAGAGAGCAUAUUAAACUGGGUGAAGUUUAAGGCCCAGGUCCAGUUAAACAAGAAGUGUUCAGCUGUGAAGCACAACAAAAUUAAAGGAAUUCCUAAACUUGAUGAUGCCAAUGAUGCAGGGGGCCGAAACUCUGCUGAGUGUACACUUAUUCUGACUGAAGGAGACUCAGCCAAAACUUUGGCUGUUUCAGGACUUGGUGUGGUUGGAAGAGACAAAUAUGGAGUUUUUCCACUUAGAGGAAAAAUGCUCAAUGUUCGAGAAGCUUCUCAUAAGCAGAUCAUGGAAAAUGCUGAAAUUAACAAUAUCAUCAAGAUUGUGGGUCUUCAGUAUAAGAAAAACUAUGAAGAUGAAGAUUCUUUAAAGUCUCUUCGUUAUGGGAAGUUAAUGAUCAUGACAGAUCAGGACCAAGACGGUUCCCAUAUUAAAGGCUUACUGAUUAAUUUUAUCCAUCACAAUUGGCCCUCUCUUCUACGGCAUCGUUUUCUGGAAGAAUUUAUCACACCCAUUGUAAAGGUAUCUAAAAACAAGCAAGAAAUGUCAUUUUAUAGCCUUCCUGAAUUUGAAGAAUGGAAGAGUGCAAAUCCAAAUCAUAGAAAAUGGAAAGUCAAGUAUUACAAAGGUUUGGGCACCAGCACAGCAAAAGAAGCUAAAGAAUACUUCGCAGAUAUGAAAAGACAUCGUAUCCAAUUCAAAUAUUCGGGACCUGAAGAUGAUGCCGCAAUCAGCCUGGCCUUUAGCAAAAAACAGACAGAUGAUCGAAAAGAAUGGUUAACUCAUUUCAUGGAAGAUAGAAAGCAGAGAAAGUUACUUGGUCUUCCUGAGGAUUAUCUAUAUGGACAAACUACCACAUAUCUGACAUAUAAUGACUUCAUAAACAAGGAGCUUAUCCUUUUCUCAAAUUCUGAUAAUGAGAGAUCUAUUCCAUCUAUGGUAGAUGGUCUAAAACCAGGUCAAAGAAAGGUUUUAUUUACUUGUUUCAAAAGGAAUGACAAACGAGAGGUGAAAGUUGCCCAAUUAGCUGGGUCAGUGGCUGAGAUGUCCUCUUAUCAUCAUGGUGAGAUGUCACUGAUGAUGACUAUUAUCAACUUGGCCCAAAAUUUUGUGGGUAGCAAUAACCUGAACCUCUUGCAACCCAUUGGUCAGUUUGGUACCAGGCUACAUGGUGGCAAGGAUUCUGCUAGUCCUCGAUACAUCUUCACGAUGCUCAGCCCUUUGACUAGGUUGUUAUUUCCACCAAAAGAUGAUCAUACCUUAAGGUUUUUAUAUGAUGACAACCAGCGUGUUGAGCCUGAAUGGUACAUUCCUAUUAUCCCCAUGGUACUGAUAAAUGGUGCUGAAGGAAUUGGUACAGGGUGGUCCUGCAAAAUACCUAAUUUUGACAUUCGUGAAGUUGUAAAUAACAUCAGGCGUUUGAUGGAUGGAGAAGAACCUUUACCAAUGCUUCCAAGUUACAAGAACUUCAAGGGUACAAUUGAAGAGCUGGCUCCAAAUCAAUAUGUGAUUAGUGGUGAAGUGGCAAUUCUUAAUUCAACAACCAUUGAAAUCUCAGAACUUCCCAUCAGAACAUGGACCCAGACUUAUAAGGAACAAGUUCUUGAGCCCAUGUUGAAUGGCACUGAGAAGACACCCCCUCUUAUAACAGACUAUAGAGAAUACCAUACAGAUACAACCGUGAAGUUUGUUGUGAAGAUGACUGAAGAGAAACUGGCAGAAGCAGAGAGAGCUGGACUCCACAAAGUCUUUAAACUCCAAACUAGUCUCACAUGCAACUCUAUGGUACUUUUUGAUCAUGUAGGCUGUUUAAAGAAAUAUGACACAGUCUUAGAUAUCCUAAGAGACUUCUUUGAACUCAGGCUUAAAUAUUAUGGACUGAGAAAAGAAUGGCUUCUAGGAAUGCUUGGCGCUGAAUCUGCUAAACUGAAUAAUCAGGCUCGCUUCAUCUUAGAGAAAAUAGAUGGCAAAAUAAUCAUUGAAAAUAAACCUAAGAAAGAAUUAAUUAAGGUUUUGAUCCAGAGGGGUUAUGACUCAGAUCCAGUGAAGGCUUGGAAAGAAGCCCAGCAAAAGGUUCCAGAUGAAGAAGAAAAUGAAGAGAGUGAUGAAAAUGAAUCUGAAAAAAGUGACUCUGUAACAGAUUCUGGACCAACUUUCAAUUACCUUCUUGAUAUGCCUCUUUGGUAUCUAACUAAGGAAAAGAAGGAUGAACUAUGCAAAUUAAGAAAGGAAAAAGAGGAAGAAUUAGAUAUAUUAAAGGGGAAGAGUCCAUCAGAUUUAUGGAGAGAAGACUUGGCUGUUUUUAUUGAAGAACUGGAGAUUGUUGAAGCCAAGGAACUAAAAGAUGAACAAGUAGGACUAGUUGUGAAAGGGGGGAAAGCAAAAGGGAAAAAAACCCAACUGACUGAAAUCCUGCCUUCACCAAGUGGAAAAAGAGUCAUCCCAGUAGUGACUGUGGAAAUGAAAGCAGAGGCAGAAAAAAAAGUUAAAAGGAAAAUUAAGAAUGAAAACACUGAAGGAAGCCCUCAGGAGGAUGGUAUGGAACUAAAAAAAAGAAUAGAAAAGAAACUGAAAAAAGAUUCAGGUCCCAAAACAAAGAAACAAACUACACUGCCUUUUAAACCAAUCAAAAAAGGGAAGAAAAGAAACCCCUGGUCUGAUUCAGAAUCAGAUAAGAGCAGUGAUGAAAGUAAUGUUGAUGUCCCUCCACGUGAAAUAGAGCUACGGAGAGCAACAACAAAAACUAAAUUCACAGUAGAUUUGGACUCAGAUGAAGAUUUCUCUGAAUUUGAAGAAAACGAUCAAGAUGAAGAGUUUGUUCCAUCAGAUUAUGAUUUGCCUACAACCAAAACUUCCCAAAAACAAACUAACAAAGAACAGAAACCAUCAAAAAGUGCCGAAUCAGACCUUGAUGCUGAUGACGCCAUGAAAAAUGCACCACUUUCUCCAAGUUCCCCUGCUGCUGAUUUAACAGCUGAAACUGAAACAACAGAGCCUGUUUCUAAAAAGAAUGUGACUGUGAAGAAAACAGCAGCAAAAAGUCAAUCUUCCACCUCCACUGUAGGCACCAAAAAAAGGGGUGCACCAAAAGCAACCAAAAAGGAGUCAGGCUUGAAUUCUGAAGCCUCUAAAAAGCCUGCUCCUACCAAAACGAAGAUUUGUCGCAAAAGGAAACCUUCUUCUGAUGAGGAUUCUGACUCUAAUUUUGAGAAAAUGAUUUCUAAGGCCACAAAUAAGAAAUCUAAGGGAGAGAACGACGACUUUGAAAUGGAUUUAGACACCACAGUAGCCCCGAGGAUAAAAUCUGGACGGGCAAAGAAACCUAUAAAGUACCUUGAAGAAUCAGAUGAUGACGAUCUGUUUUAA